UCUGAAACGGAGACGCUGAAUAAUUUUCUGUUUGAUUUUGCGAUUUAUGCAUUUGUAUUUUGUUAACUUCAUAUUAUAAUAUUGUACUCUUUCAAAGAGUUAUUAUAUUAUCAGUAAACCUGCUUUAUUUUUCAACAGAUCAUGCAGAACCGGGGUUCUGGUUAUGGCAAGGUUGGUUCCAGGUACCAACCGUAUGGACGAACUACUCAACAGCGGGGUGGUGCUUUUAUUAAUGAAGGCAACCCCAGCAUAAGAAAUAUGCCUUUUGGGCAUGGCACAUCAGUUGCUCGUGAAUACAAGUCCUCUAGCCGGGCAAGCACUGCAUUACUUGAUUCACCCGAAUGGGGCAGUAGGUCCUUGGAUCGUGGCUUCCAAAAGCGAGAAAGUAGGCAGCAUGAUGUUGCCGCUUUCGUACCAAAAAAAGAAUUUGUUGACUCGUACGAACGAACUCAAGACCGGCUUGGUGAAGGAGACUUUGACAGGGGUGGGGACAUACGCUUCGAUAGUUACCAGACUUCCUCUCAAGGUUUUGAAAACCGAGACUCGGACAGAAAUAGGAGUUACGGUAGGAAGGACCAGAGUAGAAGCUAUGAUGAUCUGGACAGCUAUAGAACCUCUGAGAAUCGGUCUCACAAGAACUGGUUGGAUGAAGAGCCAUAUGAGAGUUUGUUAAGUAGAACUAAAGUAGACAUUGAUAGUUACCGAACUACCACUGGAGGCACUUCCAGUAGUUUCACUUCAUUCGGCAAAACGGAAAGGUACCAAACAUCAGAUAGCCAUAGACUGAUGAGCAAACCGAUUUUGUCUCAAAGCACAUACAGUAGGCCAGCUUUGAACACGCAGACGUACGAUUCCCCUAGAUAUUCAGGUACACAGGAUUCUCGCAGUGACUAUUAUAACAAGGGCACGAACAGAAAUUAUGACAAGCCACUGGAUAAAUAUAACUUUCAGGGUGGCACUGGGAGUACCUUUGAUAACCGCAGCACAUUUGGUAGUAACUCCUCGAAGAUGCUUAAUUUUCAAAACAUUGACAGCUACAGUACGUCGAAUAAGCCGACCGACUUCAAGAGUGUCUUAGAAAGAAGAAGUCGGCGAGUGGACAGUUACAAUAGAGGUGGUGAUCGCAUGAACGAGGACGAUAAUGUGUGGAGAUCAAACUUAACCAGCAGACUGGAUUAUGUCAUUCGAAGAAAUACUGAUGAAGAUUUCACUGACGACGACUCCAAGGUAGUUGCCUCUAGAGGUCAGAUCAGGAAUAUGGAUUUUGUUGGAAAUGUGUCAGCUUUCAACCAAAAUCAGAAUGCUAGUCAGAUGCGAUCAAGAAGUCAAGGGCGACAAGAGGGAUUGUUUGCAAAGAGUCCAAGCAGACAAGACAUGCAGCUCGAAAGUUAUUUUACACAGAAAUCAAAUAGGCCAGAAAUGUUUGUACAAGAAGACUCGUUACCACGGAAACAAAUGGGUUUUGAUACCAGACGACAAGACGUGAGGAGCAUGGUUAAGGAAGGUAGCAUGUUUAAGAGACAGAUUGUGCGACAGCAAGAACGAGAAGGAAAUAAGCAAUUUUUUUUUAAGAAACGCCAGGAGAUGAGAGGCAUGGGACGUCCCCUGCUAAGAGAUAUAGAAAUGAUAAGUGAAGAAGACGACCGAGGAAGACAUGGUUUCAAAGAAACAAGAAAAGAUUUCAGACCACUGCGCAGUACAAGAAGCCUUGAAAUGCUAAGAAGUAACCGUAGAAUGAUGCCAGAGCAGAACAUUGAUCAAGGACACCUUUCAGCACUGAGCAGUCAACAGAGAAUGAUGGAAGAUCGAAAAAAACAGGAAGAAUUGAGGCAAAUUGGCAAGUUAAAGAUGGAACAGGAAGUAGCACGCAAGCAGUUGAUAGAGAAAGAAGCUCGAGCAAUGGCUUUGAAAAAUCAAGUGACCAUUGCCAAACAGCAGGCUCAGGAGAAAACCAUCUUAAUGCAAGCCACUUUGAUGAAGCGGCAGCGUCAGAUUGCAGAACUUAUGAGGAAGCGACAAAUGUUGAGCCAGAACUUACGAACCCGAGCUCAGACUCGGCUCCAUAGCAGUUCUCUGGUUCGUACAAUGAGCCAGCGAUUAAAAGACCGAGCAAGACUGCUUGAAACUCAAAGACGCAGUUUGGAAAUAAGGUCACGCUUGCUCAGAAACCGGAAUGUUGCUCGUGGUGUCAGAAGUGAUCGAGGACUGCCAAGAAAACGCAGAGCAUCAGUCGAAAAGCGUGACAGAAAACGGAAUGUGUCUGCAGAAAGCCCAGGAAAAGUCCCAGUGCAUUGUGAUGUUUGCAGCACAGACAUUUCUGUGCCAUUCAAGCAGCACAUUCUGUCAAUCUCACACAAGAAUAAAGUGAAGCAGCAAGAAAGUCUGCAUGCGAAGAAUGCUGAGAUGUUUUACUGUGAGGCGUGUAAUUUUAAAGUCAAAGGACCCUUGGAAUAUCACAAUGCACUAAAACAACAUGAGAAUCGAGUGAAUGCCAUAAAGAAGGGCUGUGAACUGUGCAUUGUUUCAUCGUUCGCCGACGGUAAAGAACUUGACAAGCAUCAAGCCAGCUUGCAACACCAGAAGUUGCUGAAUGUUUUGAAGAAGCCAAAAACUCCAGAAGUGCAGAAACACAGCCCGUCACUGUGUGACAUCUGCAAUGUGAGAACUGACUCUUCGUUGGAGGUUCACCAUCAGCUGGCCUCACAUAAGGCGCGAGAGAAGGCUGUAAAACAAGGAUGUGCUGCAUGUAAGAUUUCAUCCUUCACCAGUGGUAAAGAGCUGGACAAACACAGAGCCAGUCUGCAACAUUCAAAAUGUGUAAAUGACAAGAAAGAAGCCUUGAUAAAAAAGACAAUCGAUGAUCACUUGAUGCAGUUUAAAUCAGAGACUGAAAUUCCUGCAUUUGUUUCUGGAAAAGCCUUUGGGGUGGAAUUUGUGAUUCCUUCUCAGGGGUAUGCUUGUCAGCUGUGUCAGAAAAACCGCAAGUUCUAUUUGUCUGAGCAGUCUGCCAGAGUUGACCACUGCAAGUCAGAGCAGCAUUAUGAUCACUGGAAGGAAAAUGAACUGAAACUGAUAAAGGAAUCUGAAAGUGAAGAGAACUUGAGAAAGACCCCAAGUACUAACACUAAAGAGUUGGCAGUAGAAGUAAAAACGGCCAAGAAGGUUAUCAGCACAGAUGAUGCACUAGAAGCCAAGCAGCAGGCUGAUCAUUCCACUCCAAACAAACCGCCUCAAGAGAAGCUGAGCGUGGAAGUUGACAAAACCAAACCAAAGAUGGAGAUUGAGCAAGAAAUAUCAAAGACAGAAAAUAAAAAAGAAUCGGAAACAUUGACAUCGGGCGAAGAACAAGACAUGGAGAAUUACAAAAUCGUUGAUUCUGUUGAAUCGGAUGCUGAAGAAGAAAGUGCUAGCUCUACCGGAGUUGAAGCGAAGGAAGAUGAUGUGAAAAGUGACGAGUCGAAAUCGACGACCGAGGAGAUCAUGAAGACGCAGGUUUCUCCCAGGGGUCGCGGGCGGGGUCGAGUCCAGAAGGCACGGAGAGGAAGAAAAUUGACCAAAACUUAGAUUUAAUGUAUUCGGUCACCCAUCAGUUUGUUCGCAUUAAUUUUAGACAAAAUACUUCAUUUGUUUCUUUGUCAAUAAAAUAAUAUUUAAAAGUUAUAAUUAUUCGUAGAUAGUAAAAAUAAUUAAGUGUAUUCUGUAUGUUUCUGUGUUCAUAUUGUUGUUUUUCUAAUCUGUGUUAAACGGUGUUGGCUUUAGAGGAUACUCAACUAGCUACUCAGCAAUUCCGGAUGAAUUUAUCUGGUCCUUCCCGAGUCAACGGCGAGGGAAGGACUACAACAAUUCACAAGUGCAAGAUAAACGGUAUUGCCAAGUAGCGAGUUGUGUAUUCUAUUUAUUACCCAUUAUCAAUCUUUAUCAUUUUAUGGAAGAUUUUCAUACAAUAUGACUGUCAUUAAAAACAAGUUUGCAAGUUGAGAACAAGAGACAGCAUGGCGUCAUAGCUAUGACAUGCGUAUCAUGUGGUACUGGUCGUACUGAUUUGUAAACAAUCAAAUUAAAUUAAGUUUUUUAUGGACUACUGUCAGCCUUGUCUCUAGUUGAGAUGGGUGAAGGAGUGUAUAUUAUAUUAUCAUUCAUCUUCGUUUCUUUAUGAAGUUAAGUUUUUUGCUGUGAGUGAAAUAUUUGAAAGAGUGGUAGAUCUUCACUUACAGUUUAGACAUCUUGAAAAUGGUGACUUCAAAAUUCUGUUUAUUUUUUAUUGUUAUUAUUAUUAUUAUUUUUUACAAGCAAAGAACCCUUGGAUAUCGAUUGUUGAAAACAUGUUUUCUCAAAUUUAUUUCAUCACAUUUGUUUUGCUUAAAUCAUUGAAAUACUCCACUGGAAAUAGCUUGACUGAAAAAUGUUUUUGUCUGUAUAAAACAUCUUGUCGACACUAUGGUGUUUGUGGAAUAGAAUUCUUUGGAAGUUACGAGAUAUGUGAGUUUUGGUAUUGUAAUUUGUUGUCAUAUUUGAUGAUGUCAUUAUGUUUAGUCCUUGUACACUAAGCACAUGACUGGUUGAUAUUCAUUUUGGUAUGUGAAAAGUACUGGAUCAGAUGGUUGAAAAGUAGGAUCAAUUAUAUUCUAAUAUGUGAAAUUGUUCAAUAGAGUUAUGAUUUAUAGUUUUCCUAGAAUGAUAUUUAGUAUGUAAUUGCUUUGAUCAAAACAAUUUGCUAUUAGUGAAUAAAAAAAUGUUUUAAAAUACAAAAAAAA